UUGCAUGUUGCGUUUAUUUUAGCUCCCCACCCGCACGCCUCCCGCCUCUUUUUUCUCAUUUAAAGCCGACCUGGAGCUUGAAAAUCGGUCUCAAAGUCCUCAAAGAGUGGAGCAAUAACUACUUUCCGACUGUAGCUUUAGCUUUAGCUUUUCAUUCAUUAUUUCUCGCUGUUCCUGACGCGCCACCAUGACGCACAUCGCUCCUCUUCUCACGCUGCUUUUCACAUCAUCAGUCGUGCGAUGGGCGGCUGCAGAAGCGUCGAUCCUCUGCCCCUGGACUAGGGUUUUACCCAGCGAACAGGUGCACUACACUUUUGUCCGGAGGGACCCCCGGCAGGCCUCUCCAUCUCCGCGGCUCUACCACAGCGCCUGGUCCGGACGCACUCUGCUCAGCUGCGCCUGGAGCGAGCACGCAGGGGUGGUGCAGAACUAUCUCUCUCUGUGCCAGGAGCGCACGCACGAGUUUGUCGAUCACUCAGAUGACAAUUUUAAUACGGACUUCAUGUUCGAGGCAGGGGACAUGUGCGUGUCUGUGGAUUCAACUGAUGCCGGAGGGCGCGCUGGGAAGAGGUCAGUGAGGAGCGUGGGUGGUUCAUCAUCUGAGAAACACGAAGGUCGAGCUGAGAGGUCAGAGGUCAGGAGCCGUGUGAAACGUGGAUUUAUUGUGCCAGGGACCCUCUGGUGUGGCUCAGGAAACAAAGCUCCAUCAUUUGAUGACCUGGGUGUUUUUUCAGACACAGACAGCUGCUGCCGAGAACACGACCAGUGCAAAGACACGAUCCUGUCCUUCCACUCACAGUUUGGUGUCUUUAACAGCAACAUCUUCACCAUGUCUCACUGUGACUGUGACAACAAGUUUCGCAGAUGUCUGAUGGAGGCCAAUGACAGCAUAGCUGAUGUGGUGGGUUAUACUUUCUUUAACCUGCUGAAGAUGCACUGCUUCGAGUUCUCCCACAGACUCCAGUGUACACAGAGAAACUGGUUUGGCAUGUGUAAAGAAAUGAAACUGGCUCUGUAUGCGGAUGUCCAUCCACCGUCACUGUACGAGUCUGAAAAUCAGACUGCAGUCAGCAUGAACAGCUCCAUCAUAAACACCACCGUACCCAGAGAACUCCUGGAGAGCAGCAAGUCAGACCCCAAGCUUCACUCCAUCACUGCUGCUGCAGCAUCCACACCUACGCCCUCGACCAGCUCCACCUCUGCCUCCAUCACACCUGUCACCCAUGGCAACGCCACAGCUGUAACAAAAACACCCACAGGAUCCAAACCAGACAGGCUCGAAAACACUCUACCCACUAAAAACUGGACUCUGCCUCACCUGGAUGCCGAUAUCACAGAGAGGCAGACGUCGUGUGCUGUGUACAAAGAUCUGGACUGUUGCAGGAACAAGAUCCUCCCCCGGCAGAAGAGAUUUGGACUUCACAACCUGGAGACCAGGACGCUGUACCAUUGCAACUGUACCAGCAGAUUAUUCCAGACUUUGGCUAAACAGAGAAAACUGACCCAAGUGCAGACUCUCCUUCUGGGAAAUGUGUCUAAGUCCUGCUUCCUGACACAGGACUGCACAGCAGACAACAUCUGUACAGCAGUUCCGGUGCAAGCACAGCUUCCUCAGCCGGAUAAGAGGUUCGGUACAGACAUGGAGGAGCAGCGCCAUCUGCAGGCCGUCACCCAGAAGGUCAGACGGCUAAACAGCAGGCGAGGGAAGAGAAAAGACAGAGCAGUGAGGCUGCACAGACUGUGCCUCAAGAUGAGCCGAGCCAAACACAGCAAGAUGCUCAUCAGCAGGAUGUGAGCAGGGAGAACUUGUGUAAAUGUUAAUAUUAUAUAAAGAGUUUAAGGGUUCAAUGUUCUAAUGUGAUAAAUAAGACAUUAUACGAUAAGCAGCAGCAGAUUAAAUCAUCCUAAUAUUGUGAAAUAAUACAUUUUAUUAUUUUUUAGGUCAUUUUUCCUGCUAAAGGUUUUACUUAGUAUAAAACUGAGAACACUUAAUCUCUAUUAACUUAUUUCCAAACAAGCUGAUGACAUAGAAAACAGAAGAAAUAAGAUUGUAGAAAAGCUGGAAUCAAAUUAAAGUUUCCUGCAAAGAAGGAGGAUGAAUCAUUUGGUAAAGACCAGCACAUUCAUCAUCUUUAUUGUCUGCAGAGUAUCCAUACUAUGAACUAUUUUAUGUCUUAUUUAUUUAACAUUGAACACAUUGUAGUAUUUUGUGUACAUAUUUGAACAUCAGGGAUGUUGUGAAUCUAAAUUGUGACCAAAUUAUGGAAAAAUAGACAACAAAAGUAUACAACUGUACCUGCAAAACAUCAGCUAAGCUUGAUUUGGCAUUGAGAGCACUUGAACUGAAUCUUGAAUACUGACGUUAGUAUUUAUCUCAAAGCAUAACUUUGCCUAAGAACAAUUUCAGCUGCUAGCUUGUUCUGCUAUAAAUCAAAAUGUCUUCCAUGAAAAGGAUUUGAUACUAGUGUCUCUCUUUCCUCGUUACAAAGCGAGGACAUUUUACCGACCUUUGACUAAACCUUUUCAAACGUUUAGUCUGUAUAGGCACAGUGGUGAGCGUUCAACACUCAGUGUGGUUGUAAAUAUUUGUAGUAUGAGUUGAAGAAGAUUUAGAAAAUGACUCAGCAAUUUUGUAUGUAAAUAUUUGUACAUAAAAAGUUUGUUGGAAUAUUCCAUUUAUGACGUGAGAAAGACAUGUAUGACUGAUGGACUUAUAAAGGAAUAGAUUGAUAUUUUUGUAAAUGUGCUUAACAUGAAGCUAAAGCUGAGGGCUAAUCUUAAAUUAAGCAAACACCAGUUUGAGGGGGAAAACUAGGCUGACGUUAUCCAAAGAUAACAAAAAGCACAGAUAGCAGUUAUCGCAAAAGGAGGAACAAUGAAGUCUUAUUUUAGUUUAAUUUCUUUAAAUAAAGACGUGCGUGCACUAAUGUAAUGUACUAAUGUACUAAUAUGAGCAAAAUUGGUGCGUGAAAAAGAAAAUAUGCCUCCAAAACAAAACAAAACAAAGAACAUAUCCAUGGCACCUCCCGGGCUCCGUAGUUCAGAGCGAUAGUUGUUAUUAACCAACUUUGUAAAGAGCUAAACUAGCUCCUAUCCUCUUAAUGUUUCAGUAGCGGGAACCUUUAGGUCGUUAAUGCUAGAUAAUUCAUGAAAGCUGAAAACACACACAAAAAUAAAAAAAUACAGAUCCAUUUUUAAACAAUACAACAUAAAAUAUCUACGCUACAGUUUCUGGUAGUAGGAUUUUGUCAAGUUUAGCCAUAGCUAGCCUAGCAGUUUUCCAAUUGUUUCCAGUCUUUAUGUUAAGCUAAGCUUUUAAUUUUUCGUAAUUGCACAUCUUUCAGCCUGAGAAAGUGAAUAAAAUGUCUCCUAAAAGGUGAAACUUUUUAAUGUAAAUGAGCCAAACUCGCACCUUAUCGCAAUAUUUGAAGCUAACUUUUAUUUUUUUACUUUGCAAAGAGCCAAACUAGCUCCUAUUGCCUUAACCAGCUUGUUUAUGGUUAGAUUAAUCCAUGAAAGCACCCUAUAACACACAGACAAAUAGAAAAAUUACAAAUUACAAAUCAAUUGUUAACCAAUUAACGCACAGAUAAAAUGUCUACUAGGCCUUUAUAGUUUCUGGUGGUAGGAUUUUGUCAACUGUAGCCAAAGCUAGCCUAGCAGUUCAGUCUUUAUGCUAAACUAUGCUAGGAUAAUUGAUAAUUUCACAUUUUUAGAGCUGAGAAAGUGAAUAAAAUGUCAACCAAAAUGUUUUCCUGUUUAAUGAAUAUGUUAUGAACACUUGCCUUUAAAACUGCAAAUGUUACCUGUUUAAUAAUUUAUUGUUUUCUGCUGUUUUUGUUUUUGUUUUUGUCAACCCAGUAAAAGUUUCAAACCUUUGACAAA